GGAGACAUUUCCACAGAAACAUCACCAUUUUCCAGAAGAGGUGACUGUGAGCAGAAAGAUGUUCUCCCUCCUUAGGAGACCCACACUGACCUGGUCUAGGUUGAUGAGAGCCAUUCAGCAAAGUCACAGGUCAACCAUCUACAGCAAGCCGCCAAAGGAAAAGAUCGGGCCAGUGCAGUCUUUCUUUGCCAUCUGUGUGUUUGCUGUGACUCUUUUGGCCCCGGCCGGAUGGAUCAUGCAUCACAUCCCAGAAUACCGGCAGAGAUCACCUCCACAACCCUGACUCCUGCAAGAAGACACCCAUGUACUUGUGCUAUUGUGUGUGGAUUUAUCCAAUUUGUAAAAAUGUUAUAAAGGGAAGUAAAGCAUGAUGAUGAAACUGUUUCCCCGUAUAAAGACUUUGAUAUGA